AUGGCCAGGUUUCCAAGGGUUGACAAGAGCAACAGCAAGAAGACAGUGAAGAAGGGUGCGUGGAGUGCGGAAGAAGACCAGAAACUGGUGGCUUAUAUCAAGAUAUAUAGCAUUUGGAACUGGACUCACAUGGCCAAACCCGCCGGUUUGGCAAGAACAGGAAAGAGUUGCCGACUUCGAUGGAUGAACUAUCUGAGGCCCAACAUCAAACAUGGAAACAUCACCAAAGAAGAGGAAGAAAUCAUUAUUAGCUUGCACCGAGUUCUUGGUAACCGUUGGGCCAGCAUAGCGAAUAGACUUCCUGGAAGGAUGGACAACGAGAUAAAGAACUAUUGGAAUACUCGCUUGAAGAAACGUUUCCCCAUGGAAAAUUUGCAAAUGCCAACUGCAUGCGAUGUGAAAGUCAACUCCAAUCACAAUGAUCCUUUAUCCCCCCAAAAUUCAUCAAUUUCCCUUAUUGAUACUACAAAAGCACAAAGCCUUGGGCCUCCCAGUGAAGUGGAUCGGGUUUACGAAACCCUAAACAAUGGCUUUAUCUCACCGGGCAACAAUAUUGACGAAGAAGAAAACAUUUGGAAACAGUUGAUUGCACUGGAAGAUCUUCGCAUCUUAGAUGAUUUUGAUGGUAUUUGCUUGAACUCAGGAAGUGCAUCUCCUGCUUCUGAGUGCAUGUACUCUGAGCCUAUGUAUUUGGGCGAAAGCUACGAGGACUUUGUCAUAGAUUUAUGGGCAAAUUGA